UUUCCUCCCCAAGCUGCUUUUGGCUGUGGUGUUUUAAACAAACAGCUAAAAAGGCCGGGAAGAACUGAGCAAGCGUCUAUAAAUCCACCGCCUACCUCCAAUGCCUCAACUACAGUAGGAUUAUGGGAUUGUCAGAGAAAUGCCAGACACCCAAGUAACUUUGAAUUCCAGAUAAACAAUGAAUACUAUUUUUGGGGUCCCAGAAGCUGGGGUUUCCCCUCAGCCCUUGAGUGGCCAUGUCCAACCCACUGCCCCACCUCCCUAUGAAGACCACAAUCCCCUGUACCCUGGCCCUCCACCUCCCGGGGGCUACAGGCAGCCGUCUGUCCUGCCAGGUGGUUAUCCUGCCUACCCUGCCUACCCUCAACCUGGUUACGGUCACCCUGCUGGCUACCCACAGCCGGUUCCUCCUGUCCAUCCAAUGCCCAUGAACUAUGGCCAUGACUAUAAUGAGGAGGAGAGAGCAGGAAGUGACAACUUUGGUCCUGGAGAAUGGGAUGACCGGAAAGUCCGACAUACCUUCAUCCAAAAGGUGUACUGCAUCAUUUCCGUCCAGCUGCUCAUCACUGUGGCCAUCAUUGCUCUCUUCACCUUUGUGAAACCAGUCAGCGAAUUCGUGAGGAACAAUGUGGCUGUGUACUACGUGUCCUACGCUGUCUUCCUUGGCACCUACCUGAUCCUUAUCUGCUGCCAGGGACCCAGACGCCGAUUCCCAUGGAACAUCAUCCUGCUCACCAUCUUUACAUUGGCUUUGGGCUUUAUGACAGGCGCUAUUUCCAGUAUGUAUGAUACCAAAGCUGUCAUCAUAGCAAUGAUCAUCACUGCUGUGGUAUCCAUUGCUGUCACCAUCUUCUGCUUUCAGACUAAGGUGGACUUCACCUCGUGUACAGGCCUCAUCUGUGUGCUGGGAAUAGUGCUGACAGUGACCGGUAUUGUCACAAGCAUAGUGCUGUUCUUUGAAUAUAUUUACUGGCUCCACAUGGUCUACGCAGCUCUGGGGGCCAUCUGUUUCACCCUGUUCCUGGCUUAUGACACACAGCUGGUCCUGGGGAACCGGAAGCAUACCAUCAGCCCAGAGGACUACAUCACAGGCGCCCUGCAGAUCUACACAGAUAUAAUCUACAUCUUCACCUUUGUGCUCCAGCUUGUAGGAACUCGAGACUGAGAGAAUGAAAGAUGUCCCUUUCAUUGGCCUGGGACUCUCAACCUUUCCUAUUGGGCUCUAGGUCCCAUCUCCCCUCAAGAAAUCUGCUCAGUUUCCUCUCUGUCCUGGGGCUGGGAGGGCUUCUGGUUAUGUUCUGGGAGAUCCAGGAUGCUGGGGUUACUGGUACCUCUUGCCCUUGGUGGGCAUGGUAAGAACUAGUCUGAAGGUGUAUCUCCUUCCCUUUAGCCAUGACGAGUAUACAUCAAACGUUUCACGUGUGUGUGUAUGUGUGUGUGUGUGUGUGUGUGUGCGCUCGCGCGUGUGCACGUGCACGAGCACGCAGAGGGGAGUAGGGAGCCUGUGAACACAGGAGCUCUGAGGUGAAGAGGCUCCCCUCCCUCCCACCUUGGUUCCCCUCCCGGAUUCAAUAAAGCCAGAAGUGUUGCCUCCAGCUCCAGUGCUCAUAGGCCACUUACGCCGGCUGAAGUCUUUAGGCCUUGGCAUCUCUCAGCUUUAGAAGCUAGAAGGGAUCUGUGCCCUGGGGUCUCUCUGUUCAACCCCAUCUUCCAGUAACACGUAUCGGUUAUUUAUCUGGCUAGGGGAAAAGACAGUGAGCAAAGUUCAUUCAGGGUGGGGCUAACACAGGAUGGCAUCCACCCUGGCUGGCACCCUUCUUGACUACCAUCCAGACCCAAAGUGCUUGGGGCCUUGUGAGGCUUUAAAAUCCGAUCUAGAGGGACCUCCUACUUUGCUUUGACACACAGAGGUAGAGGUCAGCAAGUGAGGUAGAUUGUGGGUAUGGCUGGGAAGCAGUCUGGGUGAAAGAUGGGUGGGGACAGGGAAAGGGCCUUGGGCGCCCUCUCUGGUCUGAGAAACACUGAAGUCUACUCUGGUACACAAGUUCAAUCUGUUCUGUAUUCCCACAGGGAGAUUUUAGACUAAAACCCCUUCUUCAAGCCAGCUGUUGCUUUCUUUGUAAUCCAAGUGCCUCCGGCUGGUACCAGGAUGGGGAAAGAAGCCAGUUUAUCAGGUGGAGUAGAAACCUUACUAGCCCAAGGGCAUAGUUGGAGCUAUUCUGUCCAGUACUUGAUUCUGAAUAUAUCACAAAGGGACACAACUAGAAAUGAAUAAAGUUUUGUUUGGCAGGAAACACUAA